CUCAACCACAUGUUUUGCGCACCACGGGUCUGGUGCUGAGUAUCUCAGCAGCGGAAUAUGCGGCGCCAGUUUGGAGGAACUCUGCCCACACUAAGCAAGUUGACGUCGCCGUAAACGAAACUGUACGUAUUGCCACAGGAUGCCUCAAACCAACUCCCACAGACAUCAUUUACCCCAUCGUAGGCAUAGCACCACCCACUAUCCGCAGACAAGUAGCCGCCGAGAUCGAAAGAUCAAAACAAAAGAAUGAUCCUCGACACCCGAUGCAUAUGCACCGAAAACAACGUGUCCGGCUGAAAUCCCGCAGGAGUUUCAUUGAAACUACUGAAGAGCUCGCCACCAAGCCCGCCGCAAGACGGCUAUCUCUUUGGGAAGAAAUGGUGCCACACUCCACAAUGGAACUACUUGAGGAGGGAUCUGCAGGAUCUCAACUACCCUUUACAACUUGGAGGUCAUUAAACCGGCUGCGCACUGGAGUAACUGGGUGCAAAUCAAACCUAUUUAAAUGGGGUUACAGUGAUGGCGACAGGUGUGAAUGCGGAGCAAUACAGGACUUGGACCACCUACUGAUCUGCCCAGAUAUGUCUAUGGCAUACACUAAAGAUGAUAUUUUGAAAGUCAAUGACAAAGCAAUCUACGUUGCUAAUUUCUGGGAAGGGAAGAUAUAAUUGGUGCAUCCGGACACGGAAGAAGAAGAACACAACGCUGGCUGGUGCUGGAGGAGGAGGUGUCGGUGAUGGAGGACGUGGUGGACCACGAGGCGCUGGAGCGGAUCAAGCGCAUACGGCGCGAGCAGCAGACGGAGAUGAAGGCGCUUGCGGCCACGGCGAAGCAGACGCGCGUCGCGGCUCUGGACGCGUACCGCCAGCUGAUGACCCUCUACCCGACCUUCCAAUGGGACCCCUACUAUAGCGACCCCAACUACCUGCAGAACCUCGUCUACGAGCGGGAUGCCGAGGAGAGAAGAGCAGAGCAGGAGAAAGUGGAGGAUACAAUUGAGCAGAACCUGGCAGAGAAGAAAUUCUUGAUGGCUGAAAUUAAAGAACUGCGGGAGCAGCGGGCAGUUCUGCAGAGCCGCUUGGAUGACGGCUGCGAGCUCGACCUGGAGGAGGAACUCCGCAAGGCGCGGCGCGAGAACCAGCUGCUGCGCGACCACUACACCCACCUCUGCAGUCUUGUUGAACAUCAGGAACCAAGAAGCCCAUGUUCACCUUCAAGUGAUUACUAAGUGAUCUCACGACAGACUUGAGUCAGUGAUGCAGUCUUCCUCUUGAUCUUCUCCUGAGAAUUGCUGUAAAAAUAUGUCUUCAUAUGCUUAGUGCUUGUCAAAUCAAAUGUUAAAAGUAGCAGUAAUACAAAUACUUACAGAAAUUUAAAAACCA